AUGUCGGGGCCAGGAUCACAGCGGGAAGAAAAGGAAAUCAGACAACCACAGGGUCAGGCACUGCUCAUUUUUCAGGACUGUUAUGUCAGUAGUGCCCAGGUGCUGCCCUGCACCUGCACCAGCUAUGUCAGUAGUGCCCAGGUGCUGCCCUGCACCUGCACCAGCUAUGUCAGUAGUGCCCAGGUGCCGCCCUGCAGCUGCACCAGCUAUGUCAGUAGUGCCCAGGUGUUGUCCUGCAGCUGCAGCUGUACCUGCACCAGCUAUGUCAGUAGUGCCCAGGUGCUGCCCUGCAGCUGCAGCUGUACCUGCACCAGCUAUGUCAGUAGUGCCCAGGUUCUGCCUUGUGGCUGUACCUGCACCAGCUAUGUCAGUAGUGUCCAGGUGCUGUCCUGCAUCUGCAGCUGCACCAGCUAUGUCAGUAGUGCCCAGGUUCUGCCUUGCAGCUGUACCUGCACCAGCUAUGUCAGUAGUGUCCAGGUGCUGCCCUGCAGCUGUACCUGCACCAGCUAUGUUAGUAGUGCCCAGGUGCUGCCCUGCAGCUGUACCUGCACCAGCUAUGUCAGUAGUGCCCAGGUGCCGCCCUGCAGCUGCACCUGCACCAGCUAUGUCAGUAGUGCCCAGGUUCUGCCCUGCACCUGCACCAGCUAUGUCAAUAGUGCCCAGGUGCUGUCCUGCAGCUGCAGCUGCACCAGCUAUGUCAGUAGUGCCCAGGUUCUGCCUUGCAGCUGUACCUGCACCAGCUAUGUCAGUAGUGUCCAGGUGCUGUCCUGCAUCUGCAGCUGCACCAGCUAUGUCAGUGGUGCCCAGGUGCUGCCCUGCAGCUGCACCAGCUAUGUCAGUAGUGCCCAGGUGCUGCCCUGCAGCUGCACCAGCUGCUGCCACGCUCACCUGGAUCAUGCCAUUGACUUGGGAUUCUUCUCCCUCCUCUAUGCCUAUAAUUUGAAAGCAGGUCGGAGCAGCAGCGAGGAUCUGCAGGUGAGCUUGGGCCUUGAGCAGGAGAUGGCAGAAGUGAAAUAA